ACACAAGCUGGGCGUGAGAGCCUGAGAGCCUGAGAGUAGUAAAGUAGAGAAGGACUUGUCGUGAUGACGCCGCUAAACCACCAAGAGUUCAGAAGGCAAGGCCAUAUGAUCAUAGACAUGUUAGCGGAUUAUUAUCGAGAUAUUGAGAAAUAUCCGGUUCGAAGUCAGGUGGAGCCGGGUUAUCUUCGUCAACGUAUUCCGGAGGAUGCCCCCGAUUACCCGGAGCCCAUUGAAACCAUUCUGCAAGAUGUGCAGAGGGACAUCGUUCCUGGUUUAACCCACUGGCAGAGUCCUAAUUACUUUGCUUACUUUCCCUCAAGUGGUAGCAUCGCUGGGUUUCUCGGAGAAAUGCUUAGCACCGGCUUUAAUGUUGUUGGGUUCAACUGGAUGGCCUCACCUGCUGCGACUGAACUGGAGAGCAUUGUCAUGGAUUGGCUUGGAAGAAUGCUCAGACUUCCCAAGUCUUUUCUUUUCUCAGGCAAUGGUGGGGGUGUCAUCCAUGGAACUACUUGUGAGGCCAUCUUGUGCACUCUAGUUGCUGCUAGAGAUCAAAUGCUGGACCGAGUCGGCAGAGACAACAUAUUGAGUUUGGUGGUUUAUGCCUCCGAUCAAACCCAUUGUGCACUCCAAAAGGCAGCUCAGGUUGCCGGGAUCCACCCCAACAAUGUCCGAGUCCUUCAGACAACCAAGUUAGCAGCUUUUGCAUUAUCACCACACUCACUCAGGUCAGCAAUAAUCUCGGACAAAGAGGCGGGGAUGAUACCACUCUUUCUAUGUGCCACAGUCGGAACCACUUCAUCUACGGCUGUUGAUCCAGUUGAGGCACUAUGUGAUGUAGCAAAAGACUAUGGCAUAUGGGUCCACGUUGAUGCUGCAUAUGCUGGAAGUGCCUGCAUUUGCCCUGAGUUUCGGCAUUUCAUCAAUGGUGUUGAAGGUGCAACUUCUUUUAGUUUAAAUGCACAUAAAUGGUUCUUCACUAAUCUGGAUUGUUGCUGCCUAUGGACGAAGGAUCCAAGUGCCCUCGUCAAAGCUCUCUCAACCAACCCUGAGUACUUGAGGAACGGGGCUACUAAUUCAAAGCGAGUGGUGGACUACAAAGACUGGCAAAUUGCACUAAGCCGAAGAUUUCGAGCAAUGAAACUAUGGCUUGUGCUCCGAAGCUACGGCGUUUCCAACCUUAGAAGUUUCAUAAGAAGGCACAUCGAAAUGGCCAAGCAUUUUGAACGGCUUAUAGCCACGGACAAGAGGUUUGAGGUGGUUGUGCCUAGAAACUUCAGUACGGUCUGUUUUAGGGUUUCGCCGUCUGCAAUACCUAAAAGGUUUUACCAAAACAGCAACGGUCAUGCUGGACAUGAUCAAAAUCUCGGGUACCAAAACGGCAAUGGUAGUGCGAGAUAUGAUCAAAAUGUCUCAUACCAGAACGGGACUGAUGGUGCUAGAUGUGGCCAAAAUCACUCGUACCAGAGCAUCAACGGUGGUGCUAGAUAUGAUCAAAAUGUCUCACACCAGAAUGGCAAUGGCGGUGCCAGACGUGAUAAAGAUCUCUCAUACCAGAACGGUAAUGCCAACCAUGAUCAAACCCUCUUACACCAGAACGGUGGUGCCAAUGACAAAAAACUCCAAGACAACGAGAUUGUCAAUGCGCUGAACAGCAAGUUGUUAGAGUCCUUAAAUGGGUCCGGUCGUGUAUUCAUGACUCAUGCAAUUGUUGGAGGAGUCUACAUCAUUCGGUUCGCUGUUGGUGCAUCACUUACAGAAGAGAGACACAUUAACAUGGCAUGGGAAGUUAUACAACAGUAUGCCGAUGCCAUAUUGUCCACAUCCUAAAGAUCGAUCGAAGGGCCGGGCGCCGCGUCCAUUUUCUUAUCCCAAUAAUAAUAUCUAGUGUAUUUUCAAUUUCUCCCGUUUCUCUUUCCAUUCCAUCCCUCUAUCCUAUCCCCCUUUAUCAUUGUGGCAAAGAGGGUUUCGCAUUAAUAAAUUCAACUGCCUUGUUUGUUUCAA